CCGGCCGUUCACAGUCUGUCGCGAGACGCAAGACAGCGCGCGCGCUCGAUUUAAAUUUCGAACGCAUUUCCGAACGAACACAAGCGCUUUUGUUUUAAAAAGUUUCGAAGUUUAAAAAGACUUCAUUUCGCCCGUUUGUUUUAUUAUUUUUUGUGGCAAAGAAAAAAGAUUUUAUUAUUACAAUGGCCAGUGUGUGGUUGUCAAUUUUUAUGUUAGUGUUGAUAACGAUUACCCAAGUGAUCGCCAGGAACUGUUCUGACACCGACAGGAUCAUGAACUGCAAUGAGUGCAUCAGAUGCGGCGCUAUUUGGUGUAACGACCCCAAAGAAUUAACGAGAUGUUCAUUGAGCAGCAUAGACGACUGGUGUCCAGACCACCAGGAGUCACUGGAGGAUCAAGAGGCCAAGCCGACCCCGGAGGUCAUCAAGUUGGGGGUCAACGUCGACUCCUACGUCAGGAUCAGAGACAAGAUACGGCUCCACUUUGAGUUCCCGUCCGAAACCAAUAUUGUUCCUAAGGUCAAAUCAUCCAUCCUACACAGCACAGUGCAAAAACUUGACCCUGCGUACUUUCGAUUGCCAUAUGAAGCGUUGAAAUACCAUGAAGAUACGAAGAAGUUCACCUUCACGCUAGUGGGCACUCCUACUGUGGACUUCUGCCCAGAGGCGGGCACCAAGGAAUACGUCACCGUGAAGGUGGAGGUGGAAGGUCGACAGGAGUCUUCGACAGUAAAGUUUGCUGUACCCUGCUCCUGCGGUUGCAGCGCUAAAGUGGAAAAGAAGUCGGAACAUUGUCAUAAGAGAGGAGACUACGCUUGUGGCGCGUGCGCCUGUGAAAAAGGAUGGGAAGGCGAAGACUGCUUAAUCAAGCAAUCUCCCAACAACAUAUCCCAUUGUCCAGAUAGAGGCGACAUCACAUUUUGUUUGAAUCUCGUCACAAAUUUCCUCUGCUCAGACAAUGGGAAAUGCUGCGACGGUAAAUGCGAGUGCUUCAACCAGCUCGAAGGCUCCGAAUACUUCGACGACACCUGCGACGACAUUUGCAGUACCACCAGCUACCAUGACACCUGUUUAAUUGACCCCACCAUCGGAGAGUGCAAAGACCACGCAAACAUAUACAUAGAACCCCUUAACACGACCCUCCUCAACGUCAAAAGUCCGGAUACCGGCAGAAAUAUCUGGUACAACUGUACGGAGCGGACGGAAUCGUGCAACAUUCGCUAUGCUGCUAUGAAGGAUGGAAACGGACAAACGCGUGUUAUGAUCGUGGAUUCCUGCCAGCCAGUUGCUGAUCCGUACGCGAGUGGGGCUAUCAAAGUGACGGUCCCAGUGACACUGGGCGUGAUAGCCAUCGUCUUGGCCAUGGCUGCAGCAGCUGGGUACAUGGUGUACAAGAACAGGACCCCCCCUCUACCCCUCACUGACCCGCAGUACCAGAAUAUUGACGCCGAGGACUGUACUGGGGAGAACCCCCUCUAUAAACCACCUACAUCGUCCUUCAAAAACCCUACGUAUGGAAAAUGGUAGUCUUGAUGUUACCUGGUUGCUGAAUCAUCGGACCCGCGGCGAGACCGGAUUUGAAGAAAUACUACGAAAAUACAGUUACGGUAUCGUGAGAUAUUGUACGAGUAUCUGAUGGUGAGGUCUGGGUCCCGCUCCAUUCCAUCACUGCCUGUGAUCUGCACUGCGAUUGAAGAAUUGCGCUUAUCCGGUGCUAGUGUCGCAAAUUAGACAUUAUAUAACGUGCGUUAGAGUUUAUGUAACACAGGGAAAACUGAAAUCGCUCAAUACUUGAACAGUAUUUUCUGAUGCCAUAGGCACCUACAUUGCUAUAACUCUCGAACUAUCCUGUUAUUAAACUGUCAAGAUGCAUACUCACUCACUCCAAUUUCCAUACUAUGAAUAAGUCAUGGGUAUUUCAGUAUCUCACAAGGUAAAGAUCUCAGUUUUCUCUGGUAUAAUGCCUCUGUGAUAUUUAAGAUGAUUAAGUAAGAGACGUGAUGACUCAUCGGUGGUUUGUUUAUGAUUAGUAAUCUGCAGUAACGUGAUUAGUACCCACUCUCUACCUACUAUCAACGUACUAUGCUUAUCGCAAGAUGUAGGUUCAUUAGAAUAAAAGCAUUCGUCUUAGUUAUUGUUGAAUUGUACGUAUUAUUUUAUAUACAAUACUAAUGUAUUUGUAACUCUGUAAGUAAUUAGGUGUAUUGUCAGUUCAAAGACUGAGCUAGACUCAUAAGAGAAAUCGAAUUUGAUUUUUCUCAGAACUGUAGGUAGUGAUUCAGUGGUGACCCGAUCUCUACAAAAAGUAGUUCGCGUUUAAAUGGUUUUUACGCGCGAAUGUCUAAUGAGUUUGGUUUGUGCAUUUAUCAGUGUUUAUUGACUGUUGUACAAUUUACAACUGUGCCAAUGUACUAGCAACAUCUGAUAUGAGAGAAAGCCCCGAGAAAGUGGGAUAAUAUACUUUAGUGAGUUUUAUUAAAGUGUAGGUGUAUGGCGCCGUGGGCAGAAUCUCGCCGACAUACAUAUUCGGUGACUAACGGGGUUCCGACGAACUCUGACAUAAGCUGACUGGCACACAUGCGCGUUUAGCCGGCAAUCGCUUAAAUUAUUUCUAUUAUUGUACAUUACGUUUGCGCGGAUAUUGUGGUUUAUAAUCAUCUUGUUUUGAAAUGUAUUGUCCCACAGAAAUACCUACAGUAAUUUGUAAGUAGGUGUUAUAAUUAUAAUGUAAUUUAGUAUGCCAUAAAAUCUUACUGAUCGUAAGAAAGUUCCUAAGACAGUAAAUUAUUAAAAGAAAUAUUUAUUGGCAUUCAUUAUAAUUAAUUUCUAUUCAUUUUUCAAGAUUGGUCUACCAAAGUGACGGUAUCAGUAUUCUUAAAAUUUAAAUUUGCAUUUGGCUAUCUAAUCGACAGCUGUUUUUGUUGGAAAGUUUUUAUUUAGGAGUUAGUAGGCUAUGACCGAGCAUUGUACUUGAUAAUUUAUGUAAAUACUAGUUGGUGCAAUUUGCAUUGUUUUAUAAUGCCCAUUAGAAUAAGAAUAUAGCAUCUCAUUUAACAUACAUGUAUCGAUCGAUAUUGACUAACGAUCUAUGUAAGAAUCUUCAUACGUAUUGUAUUUUUUUUUUCAUCACAUUAGAAUAAAUCAAUGUUUUAUUUCUCAUUUAUUACAAUCUCAUGCCUUUUAUAUUUUUGUAAAUUUGUGAUGUAAUUUAUAAGCUAGUCAAUAAAAAACUAACUAAACGAA